AACGCGUUUAAAAUUGAUCCUGCUGGAGGUGAUCCAGUUAAGUGCUAAAUAACAAUUCCCGCCGCACGCUAUCUAUUCGUGACAUGAGCCGAGAAAGGGACUAACGCUGGCCGAAAUGAGAGCCUUAUAAAAGCCAUGCUCACUGCGUUCAGUUCAGUUCAACGUGAUUCCGUUCAAGGCAAAGUAUGCUUGCUUCUCUAAAAAAUUAGCACGCUAAACUGCUUGAAAAACUCGUUUACGAUAAGUAUCAAAGUUCAAAACGAACGAAAAGCGUACGAUAGCAAUGAUACUAACUGAUCGUAAAAAUAGCACGUGUGCUUGGUAAGAAUUUGUGGGAACGUCGUUCACUUUCCCUCGUGCUGUAAAGUCGUUGUGGAAGAGACAGAUAACGGUCCAUUCCUUUAUCUCCUGACGAGGAAGUGGUUUAUAUAUAUAUAUUACGUGGCCUUGAAUUGUUAAUAAGACACGUGUCAGUGACUAUAAUUAACAUAACAAUGCGCGUGUGCGGUGAUCGUGAAUCAGCUAAAUAAAUUACAUAUUUAAACUGUGCUGCGUUAACUGUGCUACAAUAGACGUACUUUUGACAGUGCAAACGAAUCGGUACGAUUCCUCCUACUAAAGUGACUUUCACUUCGAAUUUCGACGCGAAACGUGAAACUUUUAUAGUAUAUCACAGAAAAUGAUAUUCGAACUCUGUAGAAAGAGCGUUUCUAUAGAAUCGUUCAUAUUGGAUUCAGCUUAAUGAGCUUAACAUAAGUUAACAAAGAGUGGCUUUAGCGGGGAUUGAAUCGAAUUUGUUAACUUCACAAGGAUUGAAUAGUGAUCCGACAUGGCACCACCGGAAAGAGAAGAGUGUCAUUAUUCGAUAUUGGGCUCCAAUGCGAACUAUGCGAAUGUAAUAACGCCAAGACGUGAGAGCGUGUGCGAGAAUGUAGAUAAUAAUAAUACCGAUGGCAAAAGCAAUUCUCUUGAGAAUAAACAGGAGUCAGGACAUUAUUCGUCGAACUCCAAAGGAGUGUUUGCCCAGUGCUUGGUAUCAGGAUCAGUUUUAUUGCUGGCAGCCGGAGGAGGAAUGCCAAUUGGCUACAGUGCUAUUUUAUUACCGCAAUUAGCCAAGGAGAAUGGGACUAUGCACGUUGAUUCUGAUCUCGGAUCCUGGAUCGCCUCGGUUCACAGCCUGGCAACCCCUAUAGGCUCUUUAACUUCCGGUCCUCUGUUGGACGCCAUCGGGAGACGCGGUUCCCUGCAAUUCUCAGGUGUACCUCUAUUCUUAGGAUGGUUCUUCAUGGGAUUCGCCAGAAACAUCCCUUGUCUCCUGGUGGGACGAAUUAUAUUAGGGUUCGGCGUUGGUCUCAUGGCUGUCCCAUCUCAGGUCCUCCUAGGUGAGAUGUCGGAUCCAAGACUACGUGGAACUAUGACUGCAGGUGUCCUGGCUUUUUACUGUUUCGGUAUACUCCUGGUCUAUGGAUUGGGAGCUUCUUUCAAUUGGGACAUCGUUGCGUUCUGCAGUGCUGCACUUCCCCUCGCAGCAUUAAUCUCUUUAAUUUUGAUACCCGAGAGCCCCGCUUGGCUGAUUAAGAAAAAGAGAUCUGAGAAAGCUAGGAAAGCUUUGCUAUGGCUCAGAGGCGGGAACGAGAAGCAGGUAGAAAGUGAGAUGUUAAUAAUGGAAGCUAGAGAGAAAGCAGAUCAAGCUCGAACAGCUAUAAACUUAUCCUUUUGCGAACGAAUCACGUCUGCGAUUACGACACUCGGUGAUCCGAGUGUCUUUAAACCAUUAAUGAUAAUCAAUAUCUUUAAUGUUUUUCAAUUAAUGAGCGGGACGUAUAUCGUCGUCUUCUAUGCUGUAGACAUCGUUCACGAUACCUGCGGUGAUAGUAUAAACACGUACUUAGCAGCUGUGAUCACAGCAGCUAUUAGACUCCUAUUCAGUUCAGUUUCGAGUGUUCUGUUAUUGAAAAUGGGCAGGAGGAGUGUAGGUCUGCUUUCAGCUCUUGGAACUUCAAUUACUUCGUUAACUCUCGCGGUGUACAUGAUGAUUAACGAUGAAUCUUCUAUGGACAUUUACGUCGUUGGAAUGUUUUUACUGUUGUACGUGGCCAUUAGUACUAUGGGAUUAAUGAUGCUGCCAGGAUUAAUGAUGGCAGAAUUGCUGCCGUUGAGAGCUCGGGGAAUCGGGGGUGGUUCCAAUUUUUUCCUUUUCAAUUUUUUCAUCUUCGUGAGCACGAAACUUUUCCCUACGGUGAAAGAUGCGAUAGGGAUUAUUGGAGUUUUCUCGAUUUUUGGAACAUCUGCCUUUUUAGAAGCGAUCUUCAUUUACUUGGUUCUACCGGAAACGAAAAAUUGUACUUUACAGGAAAUCGAAGAUUACUUUCAGGUACGUACAUUUUAAAAAAUCUACGAA